UUUGGCUCAAGUGCGCCUGCCUUUGUUUGCUGUGAGCGAGAAAGACUACAGUGGGCAGCCGAUGGCGCUCCUCAUCGCCGCGGCCUCGCUGCUGGCACUCGCUCACGCUUCGGGCCCGCAAGCUUCCUGCGCUGUAGGACAGCAGUGCGCCGCGGGAGAGCAGGAUGACACGGGCAUGCUCCAGAAGAGUUCGCAGAUGAUGCAGGUGAAUCGGCAUGAUCAAAUGAGCGUGAGGACGACGCCCACGAACGACGCCGAGUGCCAGGCCGUGAAGGGCAUCAACACGGGCCUGCCCAUCGUCUACGACUCCAGCUGCCCCGGCCUGUGCUGCUUCGAGGACCAGCCGUGCAGGUACAACAACACGGGCUGCUACUCCGCAGCCUUGGCGCAGCAGAAGGUGAGGACGACGCCCACGAACGAUGCCGAGUGCGAGGCCGUGCCGGGCACCAAUACGGACGAGCCCAUCGUGCACGACUCCAGCUGCCCCGGGCAUCAACACGGGCCUGCCCAUCGUCUACGACUCCAGCUGCCCCGGCCUGUGCUGCUUCGAGGACCAGCCGUGCAGGUACAACAACACAGGCUGCUACUCCGCAGCUUUGGCGCAGCAGAGGGUGAGGAAGACGCCCACGAACGACGCCGAGUGCAAGGCCGUGAAGGGCAUCAACACGGGCCUGCCCAUCGUCUACGACUCCAGCUGCCCAGGCCUGUGCUGCUUCGAGGACCAGCCGUGCAGGUACAACAACACGGGCUGCUACUCCGCAGCCCUGGCGCAGCAGAAGGUGAGGACGACGCCCACGAACGACGCCGAGUGCCAGGCCGUGAAGGGCAUCAACACGGGCCUGCCCAUCGUCUACGACUCCAGCUGUCCCGGCCUGUGCUGCUUCGAGGACCAGCCGUGCAGGUACAACAACACGGGCUGCUACUCCGCAGCCCUGGCGCAGCAGAAGGUGAGGACGACGCCCACGAACGACGCCGAGUGCAAGGCCGUGAAGGGCAUCAACACGGGUCUGCCCAUCGUCUACGACUCCAGCUGCCCCGGCCUGUGCUGCUUCGAGGACCAGCCGUGCAGGUACAACAACACGGGCUGCUACUCCGCAGCCCUGGCGCAGCAGAAGGUGAGGACGACGCCCACGAACGAC